AUGUAUAAACUAUGGUAUUCAGGACGUUCUUUAGGCAAAAACGAGGUAGGAAUUUUAGUAGAUAGAGAUCUUAGGGAGCUGGUGGUAGAUGUUAAGAGGGUGAACGAUAGGUUGAUGGUUAUUACUUUAAGCAUGAUUAGCACAUACGCGCCGCAAGCAAGCUUGGACGAGCAGGUAAACAGGCUUUUCUGGGAGGAUUUAGAUGAGAUGGUGCCUGGUAUUCCGCACACGGAGAAGUUUUUCAUAGGAGGUGAUUUUAAUGGCCAUACUGGAAAGAUUGUUUGGGGUUAUGAUGAUGUAACAAUCCGGCCGGCUUACCUAGUCCCUAAGUCUAGGUGCCUUCAUGAAACCCAGCGGAGGGAAAAUUGGGAUGUGACAGACGAUGUGCACUGCAGGUUUGAUUUUGGAGUUAGGAACGAGGGUGGUGAUUCACUAUUGAAUUUUGCUAAAGCUUUUGAUCUAGUGGUAGUUAACUCGUGUUUUCAGAAGAAGGAGGACCGCUUGGUCACAUUCUGGAGUAUGGUGGCGAAGACCCAAAUUGAAUAUCUUCUCUGCAGGAAGAGGGAUAGAGGUCUAUGCACGGAUUGCAAGGUUUUACCAAGUGAGUGGCUUUCGACACAACACAGGCUCCUGUAA